GCCCGGAGCGGGGCUCGCAGCGGGCAAAGGGGCGGCUCCGGCGGGCGGACUUGCAGCGGAGUGACCGGGCCAGGCCUCCCAGCAGAAAGCUGACUGUUUGCGGCUGCCCUCCACUGAGCUGGGCCCGGACCUGGGGACCUGCAGACUCUGCCAAGUCCACUGUGGGGCCAGAAGCCAGACGCUGGACUCAGCCAGGAGUUCUUAAACUUCCAGAGCCUGGUGAGAGCUGUGGAUCACUGCUCUGUCCCCCCAAAACUACAUAUACAACACUUUUCAUCCGAUGUCGCUGUCUGACAUCAGCCCAGCCACCUUCACCCAGUAGCCAUGAGAGCUGCCUACCUCUUCCUGCUUUUCCUGCCUGCAGGCCUGCUGGCUCAGGGGCAAUAUGACCUGGACCCACUGCCGCCGUUCCCAGACCACGUCCAGUACCCCCAUUACAGUGACCAGAUUGACACCCCGGACUACUAUGAUUACCAAGAGGCCACUCCUCGGCCCUCCGAGGAGCAGUUCCAGUUCCAGUCUCAGCAGCAAGUCCAACAGGAAGUCAUCCCGGCCCCCACCUUCGAGCCAGGAAACGCAGAGACGGAGCCCACGGAGCCCGGGCCUCUUGACUGCCGUGAGGAGCAGUACCCGUGCACCCGCCUCUACUCCAUCCACAAGCCCUGCAAACAGUGUCUCAACGAGGUCUGCUUCUACAGCCUCCGGCGAAUGUACGUCAUCAAUAAGGAGAUCUGUGUCCGCACAGUCUGUGCCCACGAGGAGCUCCUCCGAGCCGACCUGUGCCGGGACAAGUUCUCCAAAUGUGGUGUGAUGGCCAGCAGCGGCUUGUGCCCGUCUGUGGCGGUCUCCUGUGCCAGGAGCUGCGGGGGCUGCUAGGGCACAGCUGGCCCCCGAGCCCUGGCCCCCCCUCAGAUCCGGGGCCUUCGGGCCCCACUCAACCUGGUGCUUUUGUUCCCAGCCUGACAUCUCUUUUAUUCGGUAAAAAGUUAGUGGACUGCGGCCAGGGGUUGUCUUGGGCCCCUCCCCAGCCUGUGGCCACCCCCCCAAGGCACAGUGGGGGCUCCCCACUGCACAGUCUUCGCCCCCAGAAGGGAGCCCCCUGGCCUCUCAAAGGGGUCUGGGCCUCCGAUGCGCCUUCUUGGUCCCUCUGAGGACAGUCCCCCAGACCCUGAGGUAGGCUGUGCCCCUCGCCCCAGCUGGUCUGCUUGGAUUCCCUACAGCCCCUGGGCAUAGACCACCUCUGUUUUCUACAAA